CAAGUUUAAUCUUUAUUUUCUAAUUAAAAAUUCCCCAAAAAUAAAAAUAAAUCACAUCCAUCCUAUGAGCGCAGGUUUCGCGUUUAAGGCAUUUUGGUCCCUGUCACUCACCGUAGCGCUGGGAUUCGUUGCUAGGUAACACCCACAGUCGAUUCGGGCCUGUGUGUUAUUGUUAGGCCUGCCGGAAAGUACGAUUCGCCUUAUUCCUUAUUGGUUUUGGGUGUUGUGCUGGCAGUAAGUAACUCGGAGGCAGGAGACCCGGCCGGGGACAGGAGCCGCCAUGCUCCGGUGGCUGUUAGGCAGCAGAGAGCCGCAGGCCGGUGCAGAGAAGACUGCUGUAUUAAACAUUGGGGAAGAACAGACCCAAAAUCCAUAUACAGAGCUGACAGCCUUAAAAGCCCACCAUGACAUUGUGCGUUUCCUAGUACAGAUAGAUGACAACAGGUUUGCUUCAGCCUGUGACGAUGGCUCAAUCGUUGUAUGGGAUGUUCAGACCGGUGAAGUACUCUUCGAGCUUCUUGGACACACACAGAAGAUCACCGCUAUCAUUGUAUUUCCAAACCAGGAGACACACAGGGAUGGGCUCAACCUAAUACUGACAGCAUCUUCAGAUAGGACCGUCAUUGCCUGGGAUUGUGAAAGCGGUCAGGAAGUGCAUAAAGCCUCAGAUUUCAUCUCUACUGUAAAGCAACUAAUAGUCCUACAGAGCCUAGAUGUCUGGCUCUCUGGUGGGGGAGAGCUCCGGGUAUGGAGCCGGGAUUUUAAAGUUCUGGGUGAGAUUGGCUGCUUUUCCGAUGGAGGCAUUGCAGCUCUGGUUGAACUGCCUAAAAACUGUGUGGCUGCUGCAGUUGGAAAAGAUUUACGUAUCUUUAAACUUGGUGCUGAAGGGUCUGACAAGUGGGACAUAUCUGAAGUUAAAUGCCUUUCUGCUCACAAAGAGAUCAUUCGAACACUUGCAAAUGUGAAUGAGUUAACAUUUGUUAGUGGCUCUCAUGCUGGGGAAUUGAUUGUGUGGGACGCAUUAGAUUGGUCACUUCAAGCUUUUGAGAAGAAUCUUUCUCAUGCUGCUUCUCCACAAGAUGUUUCUCCUGAGAAUAAACCGAUGCCACUGCAAGAGGAGAUUUCAAUCCAGUGCAUUGCAUCGAAUAGAGAGUGUGUCUUUGUGGCUGUGUGUAGAAGUAUUUACGUUUACAACCUGCAGGCAAAGCGAGUGAUUGCGUAUCAGAAGAAUGCCCAUGAUUCUGAUAUUCAGCACAUGGCAACUCUUCCUAACAGACAGUUGGUGUCCUGCUCAGAAGAUGGCAGCGUUCGCAUUUGGGAAUUAAGGUCAAAACCACAAUUCCAGGCUGAAUCUGUUCCCGCAGGCUUUUUCAGUAUGUGGGGAUUUGGGAAAUCGGGCAAACAGUCUAAUCAUACAGUGAAGAGGGCUGCGGAUGCUGGGAUUCUGGCCUCACUGGAGCUGAUUGGUGAUCUGAUCGGACAUUCUUCUUCUGUACAGAUGUUUCUGUAUUUUCAAGAUCACGGUCUGGUGACGUGUUCUGCCGAUCACCUGAUAAUCCUGUGGAAGGAAGGAAAGAAAGAGUCCAGGCUGCGCAGCUUACUUCUCUUUCAAAAACUAGAAGAGAAUGGAGACCUACAGGCGAGGUUCUCUCUACACUAAACCAAGUAUUAUGGGGAAAUAGAGGCGGGUCAUUUCAGCUUGCGGGGAGGCAAAACAUGUUUUUAUUUUCAGAGUUAAUUUAUUUAAAAAAAGGAAUUCUAAAGCUCAAAAACAUUAUACUGCCAGUGAAGGAUGUGUGCAGAUUUCUUAACCAUUUUAUUUAGCUAAAUGCCUUUUAUUUCUUAAAUGUUUGCUUUUGGUUGCAUGUGAAAAAUCAGCUACCCCAGCCUUGCAUAACCUUUUGGGGGAUUCUACUGUGAAGACUCAGUAUUAAAGCGUCACUUAGUAUUAAAGUGUACCUGCCAUUUAAAAACAAACUAUUAACAUGUCACAGAGACAUAGAGUUGGCAUUGGGGAGAAGUGCGGGGAAGCCUGUGUUACUCCCCAGCUUGUAUCAAUCUCCGUCCAGUUUGACUAUACUGCCCUAUUAUAAGUCUAUGUAACUUUGUUGGAAUAAACCUUGACACCACAUGAAAUGGAUGCUGGACUUUUGUCCUAUUUUUGUCAUGAUGUUUCUGUGAUAUGUUAAGUUUUUUUAAUGACUGGAACACUUACAGUAAGAAAAAGAGUUUCCCAUCUCAUUUAGUGAUUGGAUGUUGCUAGGACAUACCAUCACUUUAUAAUCAUGGAGGUCCGACCUCAGGGACUCCCACCAAUUCUGAGAGGAAAAAGGGCCGUAGUACCUCACUGUUUUCUAUUCGCAGCGCUCUUGGCCACCUGUUUGCAGUCACCCUAUUCACUUGAGUGGUGUUGAUCUAAUUUGCACUACCAAUUUUAUCAUUUUCACUACCACUCGUGCAAUAUAUUAUAUAUAAUAUAUAACCUAUUUCCGCUACAAGCAACAAAACUGAUUAAAAAAAAACUAAUUAAUCCAAAUAAAGGAAUUGUCUGGACAAAACAAAAAUGAUCUCCAGGGCUGGGGGUGAUGUAAUAAUAAUGAACAUACUAUACUCGCUUUCUCCAAUCCCGGCAGCUGCUGGCACUGAUGCUCCUGGUCCCCACUGCUGUCCACUUCUGUACAAUCUCCACAGAACCUGAGGCAGGACACUUGUGGCCACUAAUUGGCUGAGCGGGCAGAUCCUGUUGGGUCAGAACAGCACACAACCCCGAAAAGAGACCAACAGGGGACUUGGAGUGUUGGAGCAGCAGCUGCCGGGAACCAGAGGAAGCAAGUUCAGCAUGUUUAUUUUUUUCACAAAACAACCAGCCAUACAGAGAAUUUUACUUGAACAACACUUUUAAUUAAUAAAAAGAGACGUUCUGUAAUAAUUUAGGGGGAGAAUAAUGAUCACUAGUGUGAACUGUGAUUUAUAUAGAUGUCCUUUUAGCCAGAAAAUCUUGUACCUAAUCGUAAUGGCAGCUACAGCAAGCCAUAAAAACAGAAAGAAAAUCACUAAAGUCGUCUGAUGUUUCCGCACCAGACACUCAGCAAUGAUGGUUUAAUAAAAGAAAAAAAAAUAAUGCAUAAAAGAACGACUACAUGUGACCAGCAAGCUGAGAUUUAAGGUAUGCUCUUGUGCACCAUCUAGUGGUCAAGUGUUAACAUUACAAUAAUACAAGAACUUUAAAUUUCAUACUUGUGACUGCGUCCACCCCAUCAUUUUCUGAGCAUUAGUAGUGAGUUGUUACUGUAUUAUUGGUUUAUAAGAAGCAUUUCUCAACUAUACAUGAGCCAUAGGGAUGCUCUAAAAUAUUUUCCUUAUGUUUUGUUACUUUUAUUAAAGUCCAGAUGUGAUCAUCAGCUUUUUAAUUUUAUCAGCGUUAUCCUUGUGUUAUAAAGAGGAAAACGUUUACAUGCCUAUACUACUGAUAACCAUUCAUUCUGUCUGUGCCAUAUAUUUUUUCCUGUGUUUAUUUUUUUUAUUUUUUAUGUAUAUGUAAACUUGGUUUCAAUUUUCCUUGUUAGGGUGCGUUCACACUGAGUAAUUCAAGAGGAAUUCACGAGGAAUAAUUUCGGUCAGAAAAUUGUUACCUUCUCCAUCAAGCGGAAUUCAAGCGAAAUUUCCAUGCGGAAAUGAAGAGGAAUGAAGGAGGAGGCUAUUUAAAGGGUACCUCUCAUCAAAUAAACUUUUGAUAUAUUUUAGAUUAAUGAAUGUUGAAUAACUUUCCAAUAGCAUGUUAAUGAAAAAUAUGCUUCUUUCUAUUGUAUUUUUCCCGAUCAGUCCUGUCAACAAGCAUUUCUGACUCAUGCUGGAGUCCUAAACACUCAGAGCUGCCAGCCUGCUUUGUUCACAGCCAAACAGGCUGUGAACAAAGCAGGCUGGCAGCUCUGAGUGUUCUCCUUUGUGAACAAAGCAGACUGGCAGCUCGUAGUGUUUAGGACUCCAGCAUGAGUCUGAAAUGCUUGCUGCCAGGACUGGUAGGGAGACCCCUAGUGGUCAUUUCUUCAAAGUGGAAAAUUAAAUAGAAAGAAGCAAAUUUUUUUAAUAACAUGCAAUUGUGAAGUUAUUCUGCAUACAUUAAUCUAUAAUAUAUCAAAAGUUUUUUUGAUGAGAGGUACCAUUUAAUCUACUUUUCUGAAUUCUGCUUGAAUUCCGCUUGAAAACGAUGUCGGGCAGAAUUUUUUUUUUACCAUUGACUUAAAUUGAUUUCUGCUCGCAGAUUCCGCUUGAAGAACGAACAUGUUCGUUCUUCAAGCGGAAAGGAAUUCUGUGUCGGAAUUCUGCUAGCAGAAUUUCCGCAGUGUGAACAGGACAGCAGAAAUAACAUCAAAGUCAAUGGGCAGAGGAGAUGAGCAUUAAUUUGGAGCGGAGAAUUCAAGAGGAAAUACUCAAGUAAAUUCCUCUUGAAUUACUCAGUGUGAACGGGGCCUUACUGACUUAAACUUCACAUGUGCGGAUCUUCUGUUUCCGAUGCUUUUCUUCUUAUUGUGCCGAUACAUGUGACAUUGAAUAAAAUCCUUUUUAUUAAAAUUUUAGUUUGUAUUUAGAGGUUUAUGAUAUAAUCUAAUGUGAUCCAAUUUCAUGUACUGCAAUCUCUUUUUACUGUCGUCUCAAACCUAAUAAAACUAAGCUUAUAUGGU